UCACAAUCCUUGUUAUUUCAGAUUUGGUCUGCUCUAAACUUAUCCAUCUCCAUCCAUUACUGGAACAACUCCACAAACUCCUUAUUCCCUAAAACACCACUCAUACCGUUAAAGUCACUAACAGAGACUGAACUCAGAAUAAAGGAAAUCAUGGAGAAACUAGACCAGCAGAUCCCACCCAGACCUUUUGACCACGUGAACACCACCACCAGCGCCACACACAGCACAGCCACCAUCCUCAGCCCUCGAGACACGUACUGCAGAGGGGACAAGCUGGACAUCCUGCUGGAGGUGAGGGACCACUUGGGACGCAGGAAGCAAUAUGGCGGAGAUUUCCUGAGGGCCAGGAUGUCCUCCCCAGCCCUGAUGGCAGGUGCUUCAGGAAAGGUGACUGACUUCAACAAUGGCACCUACCUGAUCAGCUUCACUCUGUUCUGGGUGGGCCAGGUCUCCCUGUCUCUGCUGCUCAUCCACCCCAGUGAAGGGGUAUCGGCUCUCUGGAGGGCAAGGAACCAAGGCUAUAACAAAAUUAUUUUCAAAGGUAAAUUUGUUAAUGGCACCUCUCAUGUCUUCACUGAAUGUGGCCUGACCCUAAACUCAAGUGCUGAACUCUGUGAAUAUCUGGAUAACAGAGACCAAGAAGCCUUCUACUGUGUGAAGCCUCAACACAUGCCCUGUGAGGCUCUGACCCACAUGACCACCCAGAAUAGAGAAGUGUCUUAUCUUACUGACAGGGAAAAAGGCCUUUUCCACAGGUCCAAAGUAGGAGUUGAAAUUAUGAAGGACGGUAAACACAUUGAUGUCGUCGAAUGUAACAAGAGUGAAAAGAUAGAAGAGAAAUGCCAAGUUGGAAUGAAGCCUCCUGUCCCUGGUGGUUAUACUUUACAACGAAGGUGGAUAACAACAUUUUGCAACCAGAUUCAGUUUGACACAAUUAAGAUGAAUGACUGCCUGAAAGGCAAGCUCAUUUACCUCCUGGGAGACUCUACGCUACGUCAGUGGAUCUACCACUUACCCAAAGUUGUAAAAACACUGCAGUUUUUUGAUCUUCAUGAAACUGGAAUUUUUAAGAAACAUUUGCUUCUGGAUGCAGCAAGACACACUCUGAUUCAAUGGAAAAAACACAGCCAUCCCUUCAUCACUUUCCAGCUCUACUCUCUGAUAGAUCAUAAUUAUAUCCCUCGGGAAAUUGACCUGCUAUCAGGUGACAAAAACACAGCCAUCGUCAUCACCUUUGGCCAGCACUUCAGACCAUUUCCCAUUGACAUUUUUAUUCGCAGGGCCAUCGGUGUCCGAAAGGCUAUUGAAAGACUGUUCCUAAGAAGCCCAACCACUAAAGUGAUUAUUAAGACAGAAAACAUCAGGGAGAUGCACAUAGAGACAGAGAGGUUUGGAGACUUCCAUGGUUAUAUUCAAUAUCUUAUCAUGAAGGAUAUUUUCAAAGACCUCAACAUGGGCAUCAUUGAUGCCUGGGACAUGACCAUUGCAUAUGGCACUAAUACUAUCCACCCGCCUGAUCAUGUGAUUGGAAAUCAGAUUAACAUGUUCUUAAACUACAUUUGCUAAGGGGUAAAUAUCAUACAAAAUCACUAAGAACAAAUCUCUGUACAUAACCCCACAUGUAUUGUAAAGUAAAUUUUAUUCAUUUUAGGAACGGAGGAAAAUAAAUUUAAAAGAAUCUGUUUUGGGAGGAAGGAUAUAUAAGGACAAUGACAACCAAUAUGGGAUGCAAAACCAAGAGAAUCACACAUGAAAAAAUAUACCAUGCUGGUUCUGGUGCUUGUUUAAAACAUUAAAAAAGUUUUUUAAAAGCCA